AUGUCAAAGCGCUCAAGUCCUGAUAAACCAGGGGAGGACGACGGAAAGACCGGAUCUGCUCCUUCCUUUGCGACUACCCAGCUGCCGAAACGAAGGAGACUUGUAUCCAUUGAACCAGUUUCUCUGCCGGCUAUUAGCACCGUGAACGAUCUUGACGCGAAAAUUUUGGGUUUCCAAAACCGAAAAUUAUCGGAACGUCUGUACCAGCGAAAACGUAUUGAAAAUGAUCUAAGGAAUCGCAUCCAACAGUUAGAACAAAGGCAGACCCAGACCGACACUGUCCUGUGUAUUGUCAACCGACACUGGAACAGAUUGGAUGAAGAUCUACGCAUACUGCUGCAGCGACUCGAUGUUGAAGGCUCUCAGGAUGCUUCGACCGAAAAUUCGGUUGUCGAUUCUGAUUCUUUCCUGACGCAGCUUUCUCACUGGGACAAAGAAGAACUUGACGAACAGUUGUCAGGAAGAGUCGAAUUUUCUAGACGUGCUGUAACUCGAAUAUUAGACUCGUUAGAACGAUAUGGUAAAACCAAAGAAACGAUUUCCAGCAACCUGAAAGAAAUUUUUAGAACUAGUAAAGCCAAUGGUGGUUAUAAUGAGGAUGCCACUUUGUUUCUAUGCAACCGUACUCUGUGGAUCAACACUCAGUUUUAA